GAUUGCUCUCUCUCUCUCCUUUGUCCAAAAUUCGAGCUUCUUCUCUAUUUAUUAUUCUCUUCUUCUUUCUCACUGCGUCUUUGAGCUCGAGAAAAAAGAAAUGGAGAGGUUAAAAUCUCUCAUCCCGAACGAUCUCAAGCACGCGAUCGGCGAGAGCACCACUGAGAAGCUCGCGCUCACGUGCUCUUCGCUUCUCCAUUUCCUACGCCCUUUACCUCUUUUUCACCAAGUUAUCGAGGAAUUAACAGGUUCGGAAAUGGCAUUGUGUCGGAAGAGCCAAAAAGCAGCUCUUGAUUUGAAACUAGAAGGGAAUAGGUGCUUCUCAAAAGGAGAGUUUCAUCAAGCUCUGAGCUUUUAUUCUCAGGCUUUACGACAACUGCCCAUGAGUUUUGAUGACAUAGAUGUGAAGUUGGGUGCAACACUAUAUGUUAACCGGGCCGCUGCUAUGCAUAAAUUAGGUCUUUUUGAGGAGUGCCUGCGGGAUUGCAACAGGGCCAUUGGACUUUUGCCCAGUUAUGUGAAGGCAUGGUAUAGGAGAGGAAAGGUAAAUGCUUCUUUAAGAAACUAUGUUGCUUCCGUAAGUGAUUUAGAGGUUGCGUUGAGUAUGGAAAGCAGCACCUCUGGCAAAAGCAUCAUACAAGAAGAGUUGAAGAUGGUAACAGGCAAACAUGAUGGCACAAAUGGAGCUCGCAUACCGAACAAUAGUGACACAGAAAAGGAAUUGACAUCUUUAGCUGACUCGCAUCCUGUAGUACUACAAUGUGUCUCAACUCCCGCUAAAGGCAAAGGAAUGGCUUCUCCAAAAGACAUUCCUCCAGCUUCUUUGCUUCAUACUGAAGAACCACUUGCUGCGGUCGUGAUGAAAUCAUGCCGGGAGACUCAUUGCCAUUUUUGCUUCAAUGAAGUUCCUGCAGAUGUUUUAUUCUGUUCAUCAUGUACAAUACCAAUUUACUGUUCACAGAAGUGCCAAGAACAAGCUGGAGGAGAACAAUUUUGUUGGAACCGAGCUUUUUGUCCUGCUCAAAACAAUUUUUCUCCAGAUCUUGCAAAGCAUAUUACGGAUGUUACGAGUGCAAAUUAUACCAAAAAUAUUGAAAAUGAUAAACACUUCGAGCACAUUCCUGAACACAGACAUGAAUGUGGAGGCACAAAUUGGCCCGCUGUUUUUCCCCCUGACAUAGUUUUGGCCGGUCGAGUAGUGGCAAAUAGUAUGGAAAAAAGAAGAUUAGCCGGGAAGAUCUCUGUUCCUAUGGAAAAUUUUGAUUUUGCUCACCACUAUGAUAAAAUCCCUCCAGAUAGCAAGUUGGAGUUUCAUAUGUAUGCAAUUGUCUUGUCAUUCUGUCUCCAGACCUAUUAUAGCAUGGAUUUUCCAUGCACUGAGUCUACAGUAUCGCAGUUGGUUCUGCUAAUAUGCCAAAUUAAGGUCAACUCGAUGGCUAUUAUCCACAUAAAAUCUACAGACGAAGCUGAGAAGUUUAAGAAGGGUCAAAAACUUUCUGCAGUUAAUAAUGUGCUUAGUAGCAUAGAGCAGGUUAGGGUUGGCCAAGCUAUUUAUCUCACUGGCAGUUUGUUUAAUCAUUCAUGCCAGCCAAAUGUUCACGCUUAUUUUCUUUCACGUACCCUCUUUCUGCGUUCAACAGAAUUUGUACCUGCGUGGUCUCCACUUGAGCUAUCAUAUGGUCCUCAGGUCGGCCAGAUGGAUCUCCUGGAGAGACAGAAAUCACUCGAAGAGCAGUACUAUUUUACAUGCCAGUGUUUAAGUUGUUCAGAGUUGAACCUCUCAGACCUUGUCAUUAAUGCAUUUCGGUGUCCCAAGCGUAACUGUCUCGGUGCAGUGGUAGAAACCGCUUAUCAAAAACCACAACAUGAAAAUUUUGUUCAACUAUCUGCAAAAUCUCAUGUUUGCAGACUCUCAUUGCGAGAUUCUGUGAGUGACAAAGAAAUUCAGAAGGUGGCCCACAAAUUGCUCGAAAAAUCUGGUGCCUUCUCCCAUAUUGGUCCUGCAUAUUGCUUGAGUUGUGGCUCACGCAUCGAUUUAGAUUCUGCCAUUGCUACGUCCAACAAUGCUUUGUUAAGUAUCAAAAGGUUAAAGGAUUCUAUAAUCCUGAAUGAUGGUGUUGGAAUCUCAAAUGCAUUGCAUUUGCUUGAUCUCCUUAAAUCAGUUAGGCAUCCAUAUAGCAAGCUUGUUGCUCAGGCUGAAGACUAUAUAGCAGAGGCCUUUGUUAAGAUUGGAAAUCUAGAACCUGCAACAAAGCACUGCAACGCAUCGAUCAAGAUCCUUGAAAAGCUUUACCAUGCCAAGCACAUUGUCGUCGGACAUGAGUUAAUCAAGCUUGCAACUAUUCAGCUGCACUUAGGUGAUGGCACCGGCGCUACAGAUAGCAUAAAGCAAGUCGAGGUGAUAUUUUCACUUCAUUAUGGGCCUGACGUGAACAAAAUAUUUCCAUAUAUUGGUAUCCUGAAAGAAGAUGCCGUUAGCAUUGCUUCACGUUUGUCAGUAUGAGCCAUUCAACCCAAAUCUACUUCCGUGCUCCAACAAGUUCAAUUUGAUGAGAUCUGGGUUUGAUUUGAUCUGAAUUGUUGGCUACCGUAUAAUUUUUAACAUGAUUCCCUCAUUAGUUAAUUCAUUGAUUUAUCAAUUAUCAAAAGAAUUACAUGAAAA